AUGCCGCUGCCCAGGGAGCUGUGUACCUACAUACUCCUGCGAGCAUGCGAGGAGCCUGCCACGAGAGCAUGCACUUUGCGUGAUGUCGUAGAUGCAUGCCACAUGCCGAGUCAUAAACCGUUCCACGCCGCCUGUGUCAAAUGCGAUGCGGACAUGGUACUCACUGUGAUGCAGCUGAACCGUGCGUACUAUGUCAUCGGAGCUGAGAUUCUGUAUCGAUCCGUGAUCUUGCACAAACCGUCACAGCUCUUAGCAUUCCUGCACGCACUUGUGCAUCGACCUGCCCUGGGCCGUUUGGUGCGCCACCUGUACAUUGGCAGCACGGCCUACGUGGCCGAGUGCCCUGUCGCCUAUUUGAGCACCGGCUACUCUUCCGUGGAGCAGGCCUUUGGCAUCGAAAAGCAUCGGUCGUCAGAUCAUCCAUGCACGCCACAUGGAUCUGUUCUUCCGCCAGCUCUGGAGCAUGAGAUCACUGAGAUCGGUGCGCUGUACGCAGGACCCCACCGUGAGCAUGGCGUAUGUAUCCGUGAGCCUGGCUUCGACUUUCAUGGUCGAUUCAUCUCCAGAUCCGAAUGGGCCAAGCGAUUAUGCGAAGUGCACUCCCUCCUUUUGUGGCUACGCUACCUUGGUCACGAAGAGCGCAUGUAUGAAGUCCAGCGAUGGCAGGCACAUCCCUUUCCUGUUGAGGAGCAUUGGUGCACGCUCUCGAAAGAGCAUGCUCAUGCCCGCCGGCAAAUUGAUGCAUAUCUCGAAGAAGAAGAAGAUCAGCCCGGGCAAGACCCCUUCGAACCGCGCGCUUUGCAUCUGCGUCCACCGGGCACUCGCUCUGAUCCGCUGGACUGGGACGAUGCGACACAGUUUGUGGAUGCCCUGCCAAGUUCUGAGGACGCCGUGCCUACCGUUAUAACCUGGCAUAUUCUGCGCACCUUUCACAGCUCGUCCUUGCCUCGAUGGCUGUGUGUCUUGCUGGCCAAGGCACUAGCUUACGGCCGCUCUGCGGCACUCGAGUCCAUGAUGGAUCGCGUUCCCAUGCCUACUCCCACUCACCCUGUGGUGACAUACCAGCCUGCUGCUCCAUUUUUCUCGCACGACCGCUUCGAUGACGUGUAUAUGUAUGCCAUAUCAGGGGCUAUGCACCUGAUCGGUAUCGGUGACCAAUCUCUGCACAUGCCUCACAGCGCCACAGAAGAAGCUGAUAUGCCCCACGACACCUCUACGGCUUUGCUGGCAAGCUGGGAACGCCGACCAUUUGGUAUCGCUUUGCGUGAUUUGCGUGUGCCUGCAGCUGGCCACGCCGCUGAGCAUACGCCGAUGUCUAUACCCACUCUUGGCACACUGAUUCAGCAAGUGCAUGCACUCCUUGGCUUCGUCCCCCAUCUCGAAUCCCUCGGCCUGUCCGGUGUACUGGAGCGAGCCAUCGCAGGGUCCCGUCAGUGCGUCCAGCUCGAAUGCGUGCAAAGACUGUACCUCGGUCCUCCGCCUAUCUUUUGGGAGCACACACUGCAAUGGGGCGAUCCGCACCACAGAACGUUUGCCCAUCUUCGAUGCCUAGAAGUCUCUGGGUGUAUGCUUUUGCCAAUAGAAGCUGAGGCGCUGGGCGGAGGCAACGAUGCUCUGCCCGCCCUCUGCGACGUGACAUGGUCCCUCUACCGCGCUACUCUCGAUUAUGAUGCAAGGUCUAUCGUAAAUACCAUGGCCAUCAUCCUUGGCCUGAGCAUACCUGGCGCGGUACCUGCGCCGCCUGUCCAGCAGCGACGAAAAGGCGUCCAGCGCCUUGUAGUGCGCAUGCACAGGCAGGCUCACGAUGCGGUAGUGACGGCUGCGCCCACGCACGUAUUGCAUGACGCACGCUUGGUCCUUGAAAUUGCGCAGGCCCACGGCCCAAUACACCCCGUCGUACAGGCAUGGGCAUCCGAGCAUCAUAGGCUGCCAGCCGCAUGA